AUGACUUUGGCCCAACAGAGGCUCAAAGAAUUUGAUGCCAAGUAUGAGGCCGAGGCGAAAGCCAAGGCUGCGGAAGCUCCAGAUACCAACAAGACAGAAGCAAGGUUGCAGAAAGAGGCCAAAGAUCGAGAAGCAAAGCGGCUGGAUGAGAGAAAGAAGCUCAUCUCCCAGCUGGGCGUUUCUCCCAACGGCCACGUCUUCUUGACACUCACCUCCUUGCUGAAGCAGCUGAGUUCUCGCUUGGCAGGCUCCUUCAACUCGCGGCUGCGAACGAGGAUUUCUUUGCUUCUGGAGAGGCUGUUGGCGCUGGACCACAAAGCCAUAGCAAACAAUCAGAAGGUCCGGACCCAGGACUUCUUCACUGCUGACGACCUGGACGGAGAGAGCCAGGCACCUUUGCCGUACUCGCUGGAGAGUGCCCCAACGCUUCAGGCCAGCCAGACUGAAGCAGCCGCCGGUGAGGCCGGUCCGGUCGCGGGGACGGAGGAGAAGGCCAGCAGUUUGGGCCACGACCAGGCGAUCGACUUUGAGACCUACAAGAGCUUUUGGUCCCUCCAGGAAUGGCUCCAGGUGGUCGAGAAACUCUUUGAGAAACCAGAAAGCUGGAAGCAGUUCCAUGCAACCCUGACAGGUCUUCUCACCCAGUUCUCGAAAUAUCCCGCGAGCGCUGCGCAGCGUGAGCCAGCACAAUCUCCAGAGUCUUGGCCACCACGGCAGGUACCACGGGCUCGUGCCUUCCGCGUGCAGAUGGACGAUCCAAACUUUCGGAUGCAAUUUCUCACCCAGGCCCUCACUCAAGUGGAAGAUGCUGACAGCCAGGGUGUCAGUGAGGAGAAUGUCUUUGUAAAGGAUGCUCCAGAGAAGCCCUGCGAGCUGUUUGUGAGGCCCGAGGUGAGAGCGCAGUAUGGCCAUUCGGUCUGGAAGGAGAAGGAGGAUGCCACGAUGCAGUGGCAACAGACCCUUGCACCUGGAGAUGGGAUUUUGGAACAUCUUUCGCGCCCCAUGACGUCCUUCCGCUAUGGUUCGGUGCUGUUCGGCAACUACGCGGGUCCUUUCUCGAGCACCUUCUUUUACAGCCUGCAACCCACCUUGACGCGCUCACGACUCCGCAGAGACUUUCCAAAGACAGGGGACUGUGCCUAUGCAGCCUUUCAGGAUGUGCAUGGAACUGGACAGGACUUUGUGAUGAUUGGUCGGAGCGAGGGUGAGCCCAACCGCUUUCGAGUGGUCUUGACCUUCAGCACGCCGGAUGAACAGUGGGCAUCAUGGGCGUCACCGUUCUUCACAACGCUCCUGGGGAUGGUGCAACAAGCGAGCACCCGAUUCUUGAACCGCCCUGGGAUAGCAGACCUUCGCCAGCUGGAUCAGAAGAUGUACAUCACCCUUGGCUUGCGAAACUAUCACCGUGGACCGCCCAUGAUUCCUGAACACAUUGGUGCCGAGAAGGGCCAGGAGGAUGUGACGAUUUCGGGUGGACAAGAGUUGGGCUUGGCUUUCUGGAAGCGCUGGCUGGUUUCCGGGGCAGACGGCAAGUUCCGCCUAGCCGAGUAUCUCCAGCGCUUCCUGCAGCAGUUGGGACACAACGUGCCCGUCCACGAGACACUGGAUGGCAGAAGAUUGGUGCCAUACCAGUGUGUGAUGCUGCGACAGGAUUGGGAGCACGUGAGGGCAUCCUGUUUGGAAGCCUUCCGCUGGCAAAAGGCCGCCUAUCGUCGGAAGAGCGGAGGGACUUCAGCGCCCAGUCUGAGUAUUGAUGUUGCUCCACACUUUCUGGCAUAUCCUUCGAGCAACCCCGUGUUCAACCUUGAUGUCCCCAAAUUAGUGGUGCGAAAUACAUUCAUCGAGUUUGAGGAGGACAUUUUGCCUAACACCUUUGGCGCGACAAAGAGGAGCAAGAGUUGCACACAUUGUAAACUGAACGUUUAA